AUGUCAGACAGAUCUAGAGGGUCAUUACAGCAAGAUACUGGUACAGAAGAUGUAGAUUCUACACGGUCGGAUUCUAGCACCAACUCAUCCGAAAACGAGUCGGAGGAUUUACGAUCAGCAAACUCUGAGAACGAGAUCGAGGAUGGGUCAUUUGUUUCCAAAGAGGAGGACAACUGUCUUCGGUAUUUCCUGGGUAUUGGUAUCGCAGAAAAGGCAGUGAGAAUGUGGUUUGAUACUAUUAUUCCACCUGGUCAACUAGAAAAUCAUUUAAAAAGGCAUGAAAAGAAACUGAGAAAGACUUGCAACGAUGAACAGAUAUCGAAUUUAUUUCCAGGAUAUGGAACAGUAACAUCAACAAGUUUUGACAUAUCAUUGCUAUACAAAAUAAUAAGAAACACUACAAAGGUUAGAAAACCGAGAAAAGAUUGGGGAGGAACUCCAGACGCCACAGAUAUCGAACAGGUUGACGAUCUGGAACGAGUCCGAAUCUGUCGUAAUUCACUUUGCCAUGGUCCUCAGUCUAUUAGCGACAAUGAAUUUGAAAAGAAGUGGAAAGAAUUGAAGGAGAUCAUACAAAGACUUGCUGGAGGUCAACUAGAUGGAGAGAUGGAUUCCCUACAAAACAAAGAUCUAGAUCACUCAGCACGGUCCUCUGUUAAACGAAGCCUGGCAGUUUUGACUGAAAGACUUCAAGAUGUAGAAAAACGCGUAGAGGAUCAUAUUCCAAAACACAUAAGAGAACAACAUCAGAACAAAAUACAAAAGUGGAAAGAAGAUGACAAGCUUUUUGCGAGAGUUCCUGCUUAUCAGUCAGUCCGUGAUAAAAUCAAAUCCUUGCCCUAUGUUUCAGUGACUGGCAGUGGUGGUACAGGAAAAACAUUUCUCAUUCGUCACAUUGCUCUGGAGCUUUCACAGGAUAGAUUUGAGAUAAUUCCAGUUUCAACAAUUGGAGAGAUAUCCCUUUAUGGAAAACUGCAUUUCAAGCAAUUAUUCGUCUUAGAUGAUGUGCUCGGUGUAUAUGGUCUAGAUAUGAGUUUGUAUAACAAUCUUAGCAGACAGUCCGAAAAUCUGUUAAGCUUAUUAGAGUCUGGAUCAAAACUACUGAUUAGUUGCAGGUCUGUUGUGUUCAAGGAAUCCAAAUCUUUGAAUAGCUUUGUUACAUAUAUCAAUCAUGUCAUAAAUAUGGACGACGAAGAAAAUGAGCUUAACGAUGAAAACAUAAAAACUAUGCUAGAAAAUCACUGUAAAAAUAACCAUGUACAGAAAAAAUACUUUGAAGACUUAAAGCUACCUAGAAAAAUACCAAUGUUUCCAUUACUGUGUAGAUUAUUUUCGUCUACACAAAAGUAUCAGACUGAGGGUGAACAUUUCUUUCUCCAUCCAUACCAGUGUAUAUUUUCAGAACUUGAUAAAAUGCUAGAGCUAAAAAAAUUACAUUAUGCAGGCUUGGUGUACUUUGUCAUGAAAGAUAAUUGUGUCUAUCCAAAAUCUUUAGACAGGAAAUGUCUGACAGAAGUCUAUGAAUGUUGUAGAUUAAACAGGUCAACGUCUAAUUCAGAAUUUGUACAUGCAAUGCAUGUAUUGGAGGGGUCAUAUCUGAUGCAGGACACAGAGGUCCACUUUGGAAGUCGUUUUCAAGACUUUUUUAUUGAACACUGUACCUCCAGUUCUAUUUACUAUCUUUUAAAAUUCGUUGAGGAGGGAUCAACAAGCAGUGAAAAUAUGAUUCCUGUAGUUGUCGAUCACUUUCCUGUGUUGGUAGAACGUAUCAUUUGUGACAUAAAACGAUUUAAUCUCUAUGAAGUGUUCAGCAGAAUUGGACAAUUUUCACAGAACGAAGUAUUUGUUUCGGUAUUUUGCAAAACUUUGAAAAACUCCAGAUAUGAUGAUUUCAAACAUUUGUUUUUUGAGAUUGAAACUACUGAACGUUUAAAUAAAAAGACGAAGAAACUUUUGCUUGAAAUAAACCAAAAAUUAGACAAUGUUUUAGAAAGAAAAACAGAAUUAAGACUUUCUCUUUUGAACGAAUCUCAUGCUAGAGUUGUAAACUGGAUAAUUGCGUAUAACCACGUUGAUUUACUCUCUGGUCUCAUAGAAAUUGUCAGGGAAAAAAUUCAACUUGAUGAAGGAAAGGUUUGUCUCACUGAUAACAUCGGUCAGGACAUUCUUGGAGUAAUAUUUGGUAAUGAUCUAGAAUCACAGUCCGUUUGCUUAAGUCUGGCGUGUUCUAGCAGUAGUUUGGAUAUGGUCAAACUGAUAUUAAGUUACGUUAAACAUGAGUGUAUCAAUUGCAUUGCUGAUGAUAAUUUGUGGUCGUUAGCAGUUGCUUCCUGUUUUGGUUGCACUGAUAUUGUCAGAUUUCUGCUUAGAGAAGGAGCAAACGUCAAUUUGCGUGAUAAGAGAAAUGCUUCAUGCCUAAUUUAUUCUUGUAGCUUUGGUAACUACGACGUGGUAGAGACAUUAAUCAAAGAGGGAGCUGACGUUAAUUUGCUUACGCUCGACGGGAUCUCUCCACUUAUUUCGGCAAUAUUUUCAGGAAAUGCACAUCUUGUGAGGCAUCUUAUUACAAACGGUGCUGAUAUCAAUCUCUGUGGCGAGGAUUGGCCGUCUCCACUCGUUUUUGCAUCCUUUAUAAGCAAUCUAGAUGUUCUAAAAUGUUUAAUUCACAGUGAUGCUGAUGUGAAUAUUGAUGCCAGGUGUCUAACUGCCGCCUGUCUAAAUGGUAAUCGUACUGUUGUUGAGUAUCUAAUCAAUAAGGUAGAUGUCAAUAAAGUUUAUGACAAUUGUAAUCCUGCACUUCAUGCUGCUGUCAGUUCAGGCAAUCUUGGUAUUGUAGAAUAUUUAGUAGAACAUGGGGCUGAUGUUAAUUUGCUAAGUUCUUCUGAUGAGAAUCCACUUUACUGCUGCAUAAUAAAUGGACAGUCACACGUAAUUAGAUACCUUGUAGAACAUGGCGCUGAUAUAAAUCAAAAUCUUGGUAACAUAAAAACGUUUCAUAUAUGCAUUGCUUCAGGCGAAGGUUAUCUUGAAAUUGUGGAAGAGCUUAUUAAGCAUGGGGCUGAUGUCAAUCUCUGUGACCUAAAUGGAAAAUCUCCAUUAUGCUACGCAUCAAAUUCUGGUCAUCUGGAGACUGUGAAGUAUCUGCUACAAAAUGAUGCUGAUAUCAAUGUUGGUACUAGUUGUCUAUCCUCUGCUUGUGAAAGCGGUCAUUUAAAUGUUGUAGAAUUUCUUAUUGAUAAGAUAGAUGUUAACAAGGUCAAUGACAUUUGUUAUCCUGCUCUUCAUUGUGCUUCUGCUCAAGGUCAUCUUGAUAUUGUAGAAUAUCUGGUAGAACAUGAAGCUGAUGUUAAUUUAAUGAAUUCAGCUAAUGAGAGUCCACUUUACUCCGCCACAGAGAAUGGGCAGUUACACCUGGAAAUUGUGAGAGAGCUGAUCAAACGUGGCGCUGAUGUCAAUUUAUGUGACGAUAAUGGAGCAUCUCCACUGUUUUUGGCGUCAAAAUCCGGACAUCUGGAUAUUGUGAAGAUUCUGCUACAAAACGAUGCCGAUAUUAAUGUUGGUGCUAGUUGCCUAUCUUCUGCUUGUAAAAGUGGCCAUUUAGAUGUUGUAAAAUUUCUUAUUGAUAAGCUGGAUGUUAACAAAGUCAAUGACAUUUGUGAUCCUGCUCUUCAUUGUGCUUCUGGUCAAGGACAUAUCGAAAUUAUUAAAUAUCUAGUAGAGCAUGGAGCAAAUGUUAAUUUACUAAGUUCUUCAAAGGAUAGUCCAUUAUGUUGUGCUGUAGAGAAAGGACAGCUUCCGGUUGUUGAAUAUCUUGUAGAACAUGGUGCUGACAUAAAUCAGGCAGUUGAAAUUGCAAUUGAAGGUGGUCUGGAAGAUAUUUUAGAUUUUAUUGAAAUCAAUCAGAGAAGACGUAUCAAACCAUUCGAUUCUUAUCCAAUGAUUAUACAGAUUGAAUUCUUAAACUGGAGAAUUCCUGCUUGCGAAUCAAUCUGUGAAAAACUUACAUCCUCGCGUUACGUGACAGCAAUUGGCAGUCCUGGUAGGGGAAAAACGUUCCUUAUAGGUCACAUUGCCCUCGAGCUCGAACAGGAGGGAUUUGAGAUACUUCCAGUCUCAUCAAUUGAACAGAUCAUUCAGUAUGGUAAACUGAAUGUUAAGCAACUAUUCAUAGUAGAUGAUGAGUUAGGUGUAUAUGGUCUAGAGAUGAGUUUAUAUCACAAUCUUAGUAGACAGACAGAAAUCGUUUUCAGCUUACUAGAAUCAGGAUCAAAACUACUGAUGAGUUGUCUCUGUGGUUACCUAAUAAUGUCUCCUAUAUGUUGUGCCUCAAGUCAAGGCUAUUUGGAGAUAGUAAAGUAUUUGAUAAGGAGUGGAGCUGGCGUCAAUUGUUGUGACAUAAACGGAAAGUCUUCAUUUGAUUAUGCAUUAGCUAAUGGGCAUCAAGAUAUAUAUAUCGUUAAAUGUCUGAAAAACGAGUAUAAAACUAAGUGA